AGACUGACGUUAGCAAAUAUAGGCUGGCGUGGACGAGCGUUGAUCGAUAGUUUUAAAUCGGAACACUACAGGAAAGUUGUAAGACUGUUAAUAUUAAUAUAUCUUCAGAAAUAAAUUAUUACAUAGGUGGCAGCGGCAAACAAAAUAUAAAGAAUAUCUAGCGCUGAAUUACUUCAAGAAAUUGAGAGACUUACCAAGCGUGUUGAGGAACUGGAGAAGACAGAAAACGAUGCGACGCCAUCGUCGAGUUUAAACCUGCCCGUGGUUCAAGUAAAUAAUCAGAAAGCAAAGCCAGAUAACUACUCGGACGGCCCGUGGAACGAGUGGAUUAGUCACUUCAAGCUGUGUGCUCAGAUAAACAACUGGGACGACACACAGUGUUGCCAACAGCUAGCUGUUUCUCUUCGCGGUAGAGCUCAGCGAAUCUACUUGACGCUUCAAGAUAACGAGAAGACGUGUUUUGACGACCUAGUGAACGCACUACAGUCUAGAAUUCAGCCAGACCAACAAAGGAAAAUCAACAAGCUGCCCUUCAAUGCGAGGAAACGAAAACACGGGGAGAACAUUGUAGAUUUAGCAACUAAUCUGCGACAACUCGCUGCACGCCAGUACCAUGAACUGAGACUAGUAAUGCAUAAUAAUGAUAUUGACGUACUCGCAAUUAACGAAACUAGAAUGGAUAGUACUAUACCAAUUGAAUUGAUAUCCCUAUCCGGUUAUACUUGGGUUUCCAAAGACAGAAAUAGAUCUGGUGGUGGUGUUGGCUUUUUCAUACGUGAUACAAUUAAUUUCCAGCUUAGAUCUGACCUUAACGAUCCUAAUAUUGAAAUCUUAACAAUUGAAAUUACCAAAAACAAAAGCAAGCCAUUUCUACUUACCACAUGGUAUAGGCCCCCAAACGACCCUAUCGACACACUUUAUAAAUUUGAAAAUUGCCUUAAAUUGAUUGAUAAUGAAAAUAAAGAAAGCAUUAUUUUAGGUGACGUUAAUUCGGAUAUCCUAAGUAGCAAUCCUUCACAUCUUGUCUCUGAGAUGAAUUUCAUCACUAAUCUUUAUCAAUACGAGCAAUUGAUAAAUGAACCUACAAGAGUCACAAAAGACAAUGCAACUUUGAUUGAUCACUUUUAUACAACAAAACCAGACUUAAUAAUUUCUAGUGGGGUAAGAAUUAUCACUAUUAGUGACCACUACUUAAUUUACGGUAUUCGUAAAUUUUAUACAACCAAGGGAGCCCCGGAAGUUGUAGAAUAUCGGGAUUUCAAGCACUUUAAUGAAAACAAUUUUCUUUUUGAAUUGGAAUCAUUAUCAAGCCUAAAUUUAGACCAUUUAGAUCCCAACAUUUCUUGGUUAACUUGGAAAAAUAAAUUUCUUCAUAUUGUCAAUAAACAUGCACCCUUAAAAAAACGUAGAGUGUCUAAGAAACGUGUACCUUGGUUAACCCGUGAGUUAAAAUAUUAUAAACGCCAAAAAGCAUAUCUUAAACGAAAGGCAACUUUAUCUAACUUAGACGGCGACUGGGCAGCCUAUAAAUCAUUGAAGAAUCAUUAUAAUAGAUUGAUUAAAAGUACAAUGCGUCAACACUAUCAAGAAAAGAUACAUAAUAAUUCAGGUGAUAUUAAGAAAACAUGGAAAAUAAUCAAUGAGGUGAUUAACAAGUCAAAAAAAGCCAAUAAAGUACUACAGCUUAAAAAUGAAAAUAACGAAAUUAUUGAUCAAGCGGAUAUCCCAAAUCAGUUUAACAAAUAUUUCAUUGAAUUAGGGGAUAAUUUAUCUAAUGAUAUACCCUUAUCAACGUCAACUCCCGACAGAUAUUUUACCAAUUUUCAAUGUCCAACUGACACUUUAUCGCACUUUAAAGAGGUAUCAGAGACUGUAAUAUUGAGAUUGCUUUCUAACUUAACUAUAUCCAAGGCAUCCGGUCUGGAUCAAAUUUCGGCUAAAGUUUUAAAAAUUGCAGCACCAUCUAUUGCUCCAUCACUUACUUUAAUUUUUAAUCAAUCAAUCCGCACUGGCAUAUUUCCAUCUGACUGGAAAGUUGCGAGGGUUACACCAAUUUAUAAAUCUGGGGAAAAAUUCUGCAUGUCCAAUUAUAGACCUAUAUCCGUUAUUUCAAUUGUUGCAAGAAUCAUGGAAAAGCUAAUACACAACCAGAUCUAUGAAUAUUUGAUUAAGGAAAAUCUACUAGCAAAUUCCCAACACGGCUUUAGGCCGAACCAUUCAACUCUAACUGCGUUGCUCGAUAUCACAAAUAGAUGGUAUCAGAAUAUGGACAUUGGCCAACUUAAUGGUGUGAUAUUUCUUGAUUUAAAAAAAGCAUUCGAUACUGUUAAUCACGACAUCCUUCUUAGUAAGUUGGCAAUUUAUGGCAUAAGGGGGUCGGCAUUACGCUGGCUCAACUCCUAUUUAACAGGUCGAAUACAAUAUUGCCAAGUGAAUGCCCAUUUAUCUGACCCUCUAUGUGUGACAACGGGUAUACCACAAGGUUCGGCUCUUGGUCCACUCUUGUUCCUAAUUUACAUAAAUGACCUACCUAAUUGUCUGGAACACACUAAAGUCAAUAUGUUUGCCGACGAUACCCAAAUUGAAACGGCGGGUUAUGAUGUUAAUACAAUUGCUGAGGAACUUAAUCAAGAUCUAGAAAACGUUUCAGUUUGGUUGUCGGCAAAUAAACUAACUUUAAACAAAACGAAGACAGAAUACAUGAUAAUAGGUAGUAAGAGAAGAGUCAAUCAUAUUAACAUAACGCCUAAUAUAUUCAUAAAAGACAGAGAAAUUAAUAGAGUCAAAACGAUCAAAUCACUCGGCUUAAUGAUUGACGAAACACUCUCAUGGAAUGCUCAAGUUGAUCAAAUUACAAAAAAGGUUAAUUCAGGUCUCAGUAUCCUUAAAAGAUUGAGAGACAUUCUAGAUUACCAAACACUGAUCAAAAUUUAUUUAUCAAUAAUUCAACCACAUUUCGACUAUUGCUCACAGAUUUGGGGUUGUCUGGGUAAAGUACUAUCUGAUAAACUCCAGAAGCUUCAAAAUAGAGCAUUUCGAAUAAUAACUCGUGAAAACUAUGAUACACGUACAAUCGAUGUUUUGAACAAGGUCGGUUUUCCAAAUCUCGUGACUAGAAGAAAACAUCAUUUAGCCGUCCUAAUGUUCAAAGCCAAACAUAACAUGUUACCAAAUUGCUUAACGGAACUUUUCAUCACCUCAAAUGAAAUACAUAAUUACAAUACAAGACAGAGCGAAUUCAAUUUUGCAUUACCUAAACCUAAAACUAAUUUUAUGAAAAAGUCUUUCGCCUAUCGAGGAGCUGAGACUUGGAAUAAUCUGUCUGCUGACAUAAAAGCUAAAACAAGUAUCUCUACAUUUAAAAAUAGUCUAACUGUAACUGUGUAAUUUGUGUGUAAUUUAGUUAUUAUUAUUAGAUACUGUAGUAUAUGUGUAAUUAGUAUAGCUAUAUACGGCCUAUUGGAAGAUCACCCGUCUUAAUUUUUAUAAAUAUCUUGGUGAAAUAGUACCGUUUUUAAUAAAGUCAUAAAGUCAAAGUCAAGGAUAAGUCGCUUGUCGAGGAGGAACUCGUUGAACAAUUUAUCCGUGCCCUCGACAGUAAGGAACUACGUACGGAGUGAGUCAAAGUGACCCAAAAUCUCUCGAUGAAGCUGUAAAACUAGCGUUACGUCUGGAAAGUAUUCAUUUGGCUGAAAUGAAAAACAACAACACCGCGAAAAUUAACAUGGCGGGAGACGAGCGAGAUACCGCUGGCUUCGACAUGGCGGGCGCGAGAGAUAAACGAGAUACCGCAGGCCUCAACAUGGCGGGCGCGAAAGAGGAAGAUCAAUCAACACCACGAUGGGCGAAAAAGUACUUUGAUCAACAAGCGGAACUGAUGGAUAAAAUGAGUAAAUUUCUUGAACAAACCAAAUACGGCCUCAUACCCAAGACGUCAAAAAGGAAAUAG